AUGAACAGCGAGAGUAUAAGCUCCCCACCAAAAGAACAGAUGUUCAUCCCUGACCUUCCAGACGCUUUUAUUGCCAAGAAUGGGAGCAAAAUCGAGGAUGUGUUCGAAAACUACCAAACCAAGACCAAACUCAUGCCGAACAAUGCCCUGAUGGUUGAUGCCGCCAACUCUGACCCCGCGGAGGCCUGGGUUAAGCAGGAACUUCCGCAUUACGAGUCCCAGUUCACCAAACUUCACGAUCUCCACGUCUGCCUUAUGACCUUUAACGUAGCGAGCAAAAAGCCCACAAUGCCGCUCCCGAUCCCCCACGACCUGCACGCCACGGCCCAUUCCAAGCAGCCAACGGACCUGGUGGUGUUUGCCUUCCAAGAGAUCGACAUGGGCGCCACGGCGAUGUUUCGGGAGGAGACCGAGGCCGCCCUGCCGUGGGUGGCCGCCGCGCAGGCGGCCAUCAACGCCGACCGAAGCUUUUCCAACAAAACGCCAUACUACGCCUUCCCACACAAGCAGCUCGUGGGCCUGCUGUUGUGUGUAUUCAUCCGUCGGACGCUGCUGCCGAACGUCACCGACUUCGCCCUCUCGACGGUCGCGACGGGGGCCCUUGGCAGCAUCGGUAAUAAAGGGGGCAUCGGCGCCCAUUUGGUCAUUCAUUGCACGAGUUUCUGCAUCAUCACCGCGCACUUGGCCGCGGGGGUGGAUAUGGUUCGCAAGCGCAAUGAUGAUAUUAAUACAAUUCUGCGAGACAUGAACUUUAACGCCGCACCGCGCUCGUGGGGGUGGUUGCUACCGGGGGAGGACUUGAACCGUUGGCUGCUACUCCCCGAUCUCUUUCCACGUGACCACGAUAUCAUCCUCGUUACCGGGGAUUUAAACUAUCGUGUGAACCUGACCUACGAGGAGUCUGUGGGGCUGGCGAACCGUGGCGAGGUGGGCAAACUCCUCGAGUAUGACCAACUCAUCCAAGAGAUGAAAGACCCUCAGUCGCCGUGGACCGGCUUCCGCGACCUCACCCCGACUUUCCUGCCGACCUACCGGUUUAACAUCGGGACGAGUACGUACGACACCAGCGGGAAGCGCCGCGUCCCGAGCUACACGGAUCGGAUCUGCGUGUGGACCCGGCUCGAGUCCAUGCAGGCGCGGGUCAAGGUGGACAGCCUCAGGGCCCUCACCGAGGUGCGCAUCAGCGACCACAAGCCCGUCCAGGCCCAGCUGCGGUUUCCCCUGAAGGUCGAGGUCCCCCGCGCGAAGACCCAGGUGAUAGGGCAGCUCCGGGAUAACGCCCGGGUGCUGGGCCUAGACUGCGCCUCCUGCACCCACAUCGCCGUCAGCCCCAGCCUGCUCGACUUCGAGACCCAGAAGGUGAACGGGUGCGAGCGGAUGCUGAGUUUCCGGGUCACCAACACAGGGCCCUGCGCCGCCGUGGUGCGAAUCCUCCGCCAGUGCCCCACGGACGCCUCGGACGGCACGUGGCUGCGCGUCGUGCCCCUGGAGUUCGUCCUGGUGCCGGAACAAACCCAGAAAGUCAAGGUCACCGUGCAAAUCCAACCGGGUUCGACGCCGUGGUUAUCGCGCUGGAUGCCGUUUAACGGCCAAGGCCAGCUCGAGAUGUCGUCAAUCUUGAUGGUCUGCGUACGCAAUGGGUCAUUGGCCUUUGUGGAAUGCAAAACGGUGUUUAAGCCCAGCAUCAUCGGCAACAGCCUCAGAAAUAUCUUUUUGUUCGGUUCCGAGCCCUGCGCGAAGGCGUACAGAUAUACUAAAGACCGGAGGAUCGAGCUUUUCGCCAAAAAACAGCACAUCCCAAAGGAACUUUGGUACCUGAUCAACGUUAUCGUCGCGCAUCCAUGUUUACCCGGGUUAUUUACAGAAUCUUCAAAGUUGGAAAGGUCUAGGGAGAUCAUUGAUGAUCUAGAUUCGUUAGGUGUUUUGUUUCCCGACACAACGGAUCCUCACUCUGCGGCUGAAUGUCUGCUGAAGUUACUGCAUAACCUUCAGGAACCUGUGAUUCCGUUUGGUCACUAUGAGGCGGCUCUGUGUGCAGGUGAGAUAGGCGGUAAAGCACCUUUGACCUUUCUUUCCACUCUCCCCAUGAUUCACGCAAAUGUGUUUAUAUAUAUUAUGGGAAUGUUGAACUUUCUCUUACGUCCUGUAAAUGCGCGCAGUAACGGACUAUCGAUUGAGCUAGUAGCUCAAAUCUUCAGCAAUGUGCUUAUUGCUCCCCCUUUGACUUACAAGGAAUGUGUUCAUGAACACCUUCGACGAGGUGGCGGAGUUGACCAACGCAUUCGAAGAAAAAGUCAGAUCGAAAAAGAUGCAGCACAGUCGCUGUUGAAGUUCUUCCUGAAUUCACCACCCACCCUCCUUCAGUACUAA